AUGAGCAUCCUUGGGGUACGGAGCUUUGGAAUAGAGGACAAAGACAAACAAGUCAUCUCUUUCUUUAGUCCUCUGACUGUUCUGGUUGGACCCAAUGGAGCGGGGAAAACGACCAUUAUUGAAUGUUUAAAAUAUGCUACAGCUGGUGAACUUCCCCCCGGCUCCAAAGGAGGUGCUUUUGUCCAUGAUCCAAAGGAUGCCCAUGAGACCGAUGUAAGGGCUCAAAUCCGCCUUUUAUUCACUGAUGUCAAUGGAGAGAAAGUGACCAUCCAUCGCUCCAUGUCAUGCACUCAGAAGGCCAAGAACUACUCAUUUAAAAGCUUGGAACAGGUCAUCACCCGAAUCAAGGAUGGGGAGAAGGUGAGCUUGUCGUCCAAAUGCGGCGAGCUCGACAGGGAGAUGAUUUCAGCGCUGGGUGUGUCCAAGCCUGUGUUAAACCAUGUGAUCUUCUGCCACCAAGAAGAGUCCAACUGGCCCCUGAGCGAGGGCAAGGCUCUGAAGGACAAGUUUGACUCCAUCUUUGCUGCGACCAAGUACAUCAAGGCUCUGGACACGAUGCGUCAGCAGCGUCUGAAGCAAAGCCAGACGGUGAAGGAGUGUCAGGUGGAGCUGCGGUAUCUAAAGCAGAACAAAGAGAAGGCUCAGCAGAUCCGCGAGACCGUGGCCACGAAGGAGGCACAGCUCAUGGCCUCUAAAGACAGUGUGCAGAACAUCGAGAGCCAGAUCGACCCCCUGGAGAACCGCCUGAUGGACAUCGAUACGAAGCUGGGCAAAGUAAUGAAGCUGGACAACGACAUUAAGGCCUUGGAAAGCAGAAAGAAGCAGAUGGAGGACGACAACAGAGAGCUGGAAGAGACCAUGGAGCAGGUGUUCCAGGGCUCAGACGAACAGCUGCAGGACUUGUACCUCAACCACCAGAAGACGGUGAGGGAGAAGGAGCGCAGACUGACCGAAUGUCAGAAAGACCUGGAGAGAGCGGGCCGCGAGUGUCAGAGGCUCAACCGGGUCAAAGCCGACCUCCUGGUGGAGCAAGGUCGUCUCCAGCUCGAGGCAGAUCGUCAUUCUCAAAACAUCAAAAACCGUGACUCCCAGGUGCGCUCACUAUCCUCUUUCCUGGAGCUGGAGGGAUACGACCGGACUCCGUUCACUAAACUUCAGCUGGAGACUUUUCAUCGUCAAGUUUCUCAGAGGUUGGAUCAAGAGAAACAGACUCUUAGCAAAAUUCUGGUAGAUCUGCAAGAGAAUGAGCAUCAGAAGCAGCAGUCUAUUGACGAAAUGCGUGAUAAGAAAACAGGUUUGGAGCGGACGGUGGAGCUGAAGAGAGAUAUCCAGACCAAGAAACAACAGGAGCUCAGAAACGUUAAAACUGAUCUGCAGCGACUCGAGGGCUCGUCCGCUCGUCUGCAGGAGCUGGAGACGGAACUGACCAAAGCAGAGCGCGAGUUACAGAGCACACUGCAGAACUCGAACGUGGACGAGCUGAAGGCGGAGGUUAUGGAUCUGCAGAGGGAGAAGGCGGCGUUGGACCGGACUCAGAGACAGCUGGAUCAGGAGAUGGAGAUCCUGAACAAUCACACCACCGCACGCACGCAGAUGGACAUGCUCAAGAAGGAUAAGACGGAGAAAGAGGGGCAAGUCCGGAAAAUCAAGUCUCGACACGGUGAAGAUUUGGUGUCGCUGCUCGGACACUUCCCCAACAAACGGGAGCUGGAGGACUGGAUCUACACAAAGUCCAAAGAGAUAAACACCACCAGAGACAGGCUGGCCAAGCUCAAUAAGGACUUGGCCUCGAGUGAGCAGAACAAGACCCACAUUGGAGCUGAACUCCGUAAAAAGGAGCAGCAGUUGUCCAGCGACGAGGAGAAGUUUUUCAACAUCUGCGGGAGUCAGGACCUGGAGUCAGACCUGAGCAAAGUGCAGGACGAUCUGGAGAAGGUCUCGAAGCAAAGAGCCAUGUUAGCUGGUGCCACAGCGGUGUACACACAGUUCAUCAGUCAGUUGACCGAGGAGCGAGAGCCGUGCUGCCCCGUGUGCCAGCGGACUUUCCCCGCCGAGUCUGAUCUGCAGGACGUGAUCAGCGACAUGCAGUCCAAACUACGGCUGGUCCCUGACAAACUGAAGAACACUGAGCAGGAUCUGAAGAGGAAGGAGCGAAAGAAAGAGGAGAUGAUGUCCCUUCGACCUGUCCGAGAGUCCAUAAGUCGUUUGAAGGAGAAAGAGCUGCCGGAGCUGAGAAACAGGCUCCAGGGAGUGAACCGUGACAUCGAGAGGCUGAAGGAGGAGGUGGAGACUAAGGAGACCCAGCUGGGGAUGCUCAUGUCUGAGGAGGAGACUGCAAAGGCCUGUCUGCAGGACAUCUCCCUCAUGGACCGAUACCUGAUGGACCUCAAAGAAGUUGAGAGGAAAAUAGCUCAACAGGCAACAAAACUCCAGGGAGUGGAUCUGACCAGGAGCAUUCAGCAAGUCAGUCAGGAGAAACAGGAGACGCAGCAUAAACUGGACACCACCUCCAGUAAGAUGGAGCUGAAGCGUAAACUGAUCCAGGACCAGCAGGAGGACAUCCAGCGGCUGAAGAGUGCAGUGAACGAGACUCGAGCCGAGAAGCUACAGCUGAGCAGCGACAUGCAGCGGCAGCAGCAGCUUGAGGAGCAGUGUGUGGAGUUCAGCGCAGACAUCAAUGCUCUGAGCCGGGACAUCACGGAGGCCAAGGAGCAGCUGUCUCCUCUGUCGGCUGCACUGGACAAACUGCAGCAGGAGAAGCAAGAGAUUGUGGAGCGCAGGCGGAAAAAACAGGAUGAGGGCCAAGAGAAAUUAAAUUCCAUUAAAGAGAGAGUGAAGGUGGUCAACAUGUUGGAGCGGGAGAUCAGCAAAUACACUGAAGAUGGAAAAGAUGAAUACAAAGAGCAAAAAGAAUCUGAACUUCAGGAAACCAGCCAACAGCUCCAUGAAGCGGACAAAAAUAAGGAGAAAGUAAACAAAGACAUUGGAAACAUCCGUCAGGACAUAGAUACCCAAAAGGUGCAGGAGCGCUGGCUGCAAGAUAAUCUCACCCUGCGAAAGCGAGUGGAGGAACUUAAAGAGGUAGAGGCCAAACGAGAGACUCUGCUCAAAGAUAUGGGCAACAUGCAAGUUCUGCAGCUCAGGCAAGAGCGUCGUGAGCUGGAGCGAAAGCUUGAGGACCUGAAGAAAAACCGCAGUAUCGCUGUUGGCCGUCAGAAAGGAUUUGAGGAGGAAAUACUUCACUACAGGAAAGAGUUGCGUGAGGACCAGUAUGACAAGGCUGACGAGCGCUACAAGAACAAGAUGAUCGUGAUGAGGACCACAGAGCUCGUCAUCAAAGAUCUGGACCUCUACUACAAAGCCCUCGAUCAGACGAUUAUGAAGUUUCACAGCAUGAAAAUGGACGAGAUCAAUAAGAUCAUCCGGGAUCUGUGGCGCAGCACAUACAGGGGCCAAGAUAUCGAGUAUGUGGAGAUCCGCUCUGACGUGGACGAGAACUCGUCUGCUGGGGUCAAGCGCAGGGUUUACAACUACAGAGUGGUGAUGGUCAAAGGAGACACCGCUUUGGACAUGAGGGGGCGCUGCAGUGCAGGGCAGAAGGUGCUGGCGUCGCUGAUCAUCCGUCUGGCUCUGGCUGAGACUUUCUGUCUGAACUGUGGCAUUUUGGCUCUGGAUGAACCCACCACAAACCUGGAUCGAGAAAACAUCGAGUCUCUGGCCCAUGCCCUUGUCGAAAUCAUCAAGAGCCGAUCUCGUCAGCGAAACUUCCAGCUGCUGAUCAUCACUCACGACGAGGACUUUGUGGAGCUGUUGGGACGCUCCAGCUACAUCGAGAAUUUCUACAGAAUCCGCAAAAACCAGGACCAAAACUCCGAAAUCACCAAGUGCAGCAUCUCUUCACUCUCCUCUUACCUGCACUGA